GCCUGCGCGGGGCCGGCGCGGGACGGGCGGGCAUGGCGUUUCGACAGGCGCUGCAGCUGGCGGCUUGCGGCCUGGCCGGAGGCUCGGCCGCCGUGCUCUUCUCGGCCGUGGCGGUGGGGAAGCCCCGCGCGGGCGGGGACGCGGAGCCGCGCGUGGUCGAGGCGCCGGCGUGGGCGGGGGCCGCGCGCCCGGGGCCGGGCGUCUGGGACCCCAACUGGGACAGGCGAGAACCACUGUCCCUGGUCAACCUGCGGAAGAGGAACCUGGACUCUGGAGAAGAAGAACUGGCGUCCAGGCUGGACCACUGCAAAGCCAAGGCCACGCGACACAUCUUCCUCAUCAGGCACUCCCAGUACCAUGUGGAUGCCUCCCUGGAAAAGGACCGCACUCUGACACCCCUGGGUCGUGAACAGGCUGAACUAACUGGGCUCCGACUUGCAAGCUUGGGGUUGAAGUUUAAUAAAAUUGUCCAUUCGUCCAUGACCCGUGCGAUAGAAACCACUGAUAUCAUCAGCAAACACCUGCCAGGUGUUUGCAAGGUCAGCACAGACCUGCUGAGAGAAGGUGCCCCCAUCGAGCCCGACCCACCCGUGUCCCACUGGAAACCGGAGGCUGUGCAGUAUUACGAAGAUGGAGCCCGGAUCGAGGCCGCCUUCCGGAACUACAUCCACCGGGCAGAUGCCAAGCAGCAGGAGGACAGUUACGAGAUCUUCAUCUGCCAUGCCAACGUCAUCCGCUACAUCGUGUGCCGGGCGUUGCAGUUCCCUCCGGAAGGCUGGCUCCGCCUGUCUCUCAACAAUGGCAGCAUCACCCACCUGGUGGUCCGGCCAGACGGCCGAGUGGCACUGAGGACCCUCGGGGACACAGGGUUCAUGCCUCCAGACAAGAUCUCCCGCUCCUGAGGACCCGCUCUCCUCGGUCCCCCUGUGGCUCCUGUGGGUGCUGCCAAGGACACGGCUCUUUCCCUGUCUUCCCUCCACAGGCUGCACUGCGGUUACGCUGCUCUUCUCCAGGACAGUGAAAAAGUACGAGGAAUAUCUGAAGUUAUCUAAAAUGUGGAAUUUCCGUCUGUACUUCCGGCCCAGGAUGGCAAAGGGAAUUGUUCUGAGCAGAUCGGCCUAUUUCUCUCUUGGGGUUUUCUGCCUUGUCUCCCAGGACGAGGCCUCUCAUGCCGUCUGCGGGGACCAUGGCUAACCCGCACGGGCGUCUUUGUUGGCCACACGAGCCCCUCGAGGCUCUGAGGAGGAGGGACCGCCAGUGCUUCCAUUCAGAACUUCUUGUCAUACAUCCUUCUCCUUUCUUAAGACCGUUUUAUCACUUAAAUAUUUGUCAACUCAAGAUUCUCGUCAUCUGGGUUCCUGCUUUGAUAACCAGUUUCUCAGGCCAGAGUCCUGCACGUCUGACGCUGUUGGGUCUGAACUCACCUACGUGGUCGGGCCUUUCCCAGCAGGCAGCCACGCCUCAGCUGGGGAGGGAGGUGGCUGGAUGGUGAUGGGACAGCAGGAUGUCCUGUUUCAAUAAAAUACUCGACAGCUCAAUGUUUGCCUCUGGCUGUUAAUCCUUUAUGCGUACGGAUUAAACUAUUUAGAUGUGAUGUGUCCAUCCCAAAUAUCCUGUUAACUUAGGAGAAACUACAAUUUCUAUGACGCGGUUAUGAACAUUUUCUGCAAUCAGUGCAAGUAACUGGGACAUUUGAUGCAUUUCUCUGUAACUCUGGAAAUAACUGCAAAAUAAAAAUUUUAUUUUACUGA